AUGAAGUCAGCCGUCGUCCAUGACGAUGGUCAAACGACACUCGCCACAUGGCCUUCACGUGGACGUCGUACAUCAUGGCGUGAUCCUGUAACAAUUCCGUUAUGGACUGUAUUUUUGCCUACCGGCGUGCUAUUUCUAGUCAUAUGCCUUAUUUCCGGACUACAUCAUAUCAGAAUUACAAAUCUUGAGUUGAGGAUGCGAGAGAUGGAGUCUCGCGUGGAUGAAGGAGAUAAGAUCCCCCCGGAGACGAGAAAUGUAACUUUAACACGAAUGAGUCGAACGAUACGAAAUACACGAGAAUGUGCCUGCCCUCCAGGUCCCCGAGGAGAUCGAGGGCCACCGGGACCACCGGGUUUGAGAGGAUUCAACGGAUGGCCAGGUCUACCAGCUCCUUACUAUCGCCGCAGGACCACACCACCACCAAUGACUCCUUUGGAUCCUCGUCUACAACGGAAAUUGCGUGCCCUGGGCAUGCUCUACUCGCCUGAUGGGCAAGCGAUUCAACUUCGUGGACUACCCGGGCCACCAGGACCACCGGGCACUAAGGGCGCACGUGGAUAUCCUGGUUUUCCGGGUCCAAUAGGUUUGGAUGGCCCAAGAGGCUUACCGGGCACACCAGGCACCAAAGGAGAGAAAGGUGAUCGAGGUCCAGUUGGACCUCCUGGAUAUCCUGGUCAGAAAGGCGAACCGGGCAUGACUAGACACGGACAGAUACAGGUAGGAGCACCUGUUCCUAAUGCGCCCUUGAUGAUUCAAGGACCGCCAGGUCCACCGGGUCCUCCAGGACCACCGGGAAUCCCCGGCCAUGAAGGAAAACCUGGCCCUAAGGGUGAACGAGGGUUGCCUGGUUUCGAUGGUGAGAGUAAGGUUGGACCAAAAGGAGAGCAUGGAGAAGCUGGCCGUGACGGAAUACCAGGGCUGCGUGGUCCUCCCGGUGAAAGAGGAGAAAAGGGUGAGCCUGGAACUCCAGCUUCUUAUGGUCGUCACCAUCCACACUCAUCCCAUUCACAUAUCGUACCCGGCCCACAAGGACCACAGGGACCACAAGGACCGCAAGGUGCUCAAGGUCCACCAGGAGUUCCUGGGCCUCCAGGACAGCCUGCACCGCCAGCGUUCUGCCCUCCUGGGCCUCCUGGAAAGCCAGGUGUAGAUGGGCGCACUGGGCCACGCGGAUCACAGGGAGAGAAAGGUGAUCGCGGAGAUCCUGGAAUCCCGGGGCCUCGUGGAGUUCCUGGUGCACCAGGUGGAGCAACUGUUUCUGGAGCAAAGGUCGUAAUGGGUCCUCCCGGGCCGCCGGGAAGAGAUGGCCUUAACGGGGAGAAGGGCGAAAAGGGUGAAACUGGGGCGCCGGGACCGAUAGGACCACCUGGUCCCGAAGGAGUAGCUGGCAAGAGAGGACGACGAGGAAAAAAUGGCGAACCAGGUGUCUGCCAUCAAAAUUGUUCAUCAGUUGGUGGUGAAUCAAAGAAUCUCGAACAUCUCGCGCGAGAACUGAUGCCUGUGCUCAGAAAGGAAUUGAAAGAAAUACGAAUAAAACAUGGAUACCCUGGGCCUCCAGGAGCACCUGGACCGCAGGGACCUACUGGACCUGUUGGACCUGCAGGACCACGAGGCCCCCAAGGACUUCCUGGCCAUUCAGGAGAGAAGGGCGAUAGAGGAGAGAUUGGACCUCCUGGUUUGCCAGGACAACCGGGUCAAACAUAUGAGAUUCCUUCGCAAACUGGAGCUGGAGCGCCAGGUCCCAGAGGUCCACCAGGAUUACCUGGACCACCUGGUGAGAAAGGCGAAUCAGGCGGUCCUGGACUUCCUGGACAACCUGGUUCAUUGGGAUUACCAGGUCCACCAGGUCCUAUGGGAUUGCGAGGUCCACCUGGUACAGAGGGAAGAACUGGUAAACAAGGACCAGUUGGACCAAAAGGAGACAUGGGACCUAUGGGUCCUGCGGGAACUCCUGGACAUCCUGGAUCCCCAGGUGAACGUGGUGCCGAUGGUGUUCCUGGUCUACGAGGCGAAAAAGGGGAUCAGGGUAUUCCUGGUCUCGAUGCACCCUGCCCCACAGGUCCUGAUGGUCUGCCUCUACCGUACUGCUCUUGGAAACCGAUGGAUAGCAACGUCCGCGUGGAUUAUGGUCAGAGGACAACACGAUCGAGCGUUCAUCGACGGCUUUUCGACGAAAGCGAGACGUUGGGAUACAAAACUAACACGCUUGACUCUAACCUCUUCAGGCAAAAACGGGGAACACUGGGAACGGCUAUGACGGCAUACGCUAUGAAGAGCUGCCCUCACGAUGAAUCUCAUCUCCACAUUGCCCGUGAAUCUCGUCUGUUUUCUCGUGAUUUUUAUAAGUAA